UUCAAACACAUUUUCGAGUUUGCCAAAAUUAAUGUCACACCCCUGUCACCAAAAAUCAAAAUUUGGGCCUGAAAAUGGCCACAAUGAGAGAAUCCUUAAUCAUCGUCCUGCUCAACUACAAACUAAUCUUCCUUUUAGUGUAUCCUUUGCUCCUAAUCUUCCUUUUUUCCCUUGAUAUUUUCGGGGCGAAAUCAACCGGAAACGCCUGGCUUUACAUCACCUUCCUGAUGAUUGGUUUCUGGAUCCUGGAACCGCUACCCAUCGGAGUCACUUCCUUGAUCCCCCUCGUCCUCUUCCCCCUUCUGGCGGUCCUCAACACCAAGAAAACCUGCUUCAACUACUUCCACGACCUCAACAUGACCCUAAUCGCCGCCCUCUUGCUGGGCCUUUCCGCAGAAAUGUGCAACUUACACACCAGAACCUCCCUUAGGAUCAUCAAACUGGUUGGUUUCAGGUACCACUUGCUGAGCUUGUUUUUCACCAUUUUGACAAUUGCCAUCUCGAUGUUUUUCUCAAACACCACGACCACGUGCUUCAUGAUGGUCAUCGUCAAGGAGGUCCUGCACCAGAUGGACGACAUGGGCUUGGCGAAGAUGUGGCUGGAUGAGGACCAGCAGAACCCAACACACCUAACCAAGGGCUUCUACCUUGGUACCGCCUACAUGGCCACCAUUGGCGGCCUGGGCACCCUAAUGGGCAGCGGUACCAACCUAGCCUUCCAUGAACUAGUACCAACCAACUUCGGCGUCUGGUUCGCCCUAAACCUCCUCCUGAUCAUCCUAACAGCGGUACCAACUUGGGCCAUCUUGCAGUACUGGUACCUGGGGUGGGGGCGCCCCAGCUCACGCGAUUCCCUCGCCAUUACUUUCACAACUGAAGAAAUCGAAAUCGCGAACGAAAACUUAAACAAGAAAUUAUCCCAACUCGAAAAAUGGUCACACCACGAAAUUUUCGUCCUCAUAAUAAUCAUAGUAAGCGUGGUAUUGCUAUUUUUGCGGCGGGUGACCUUCAUGAACCCUUGGCCCACUUGGAUCACGGAAACCAAAGUCGGCGAUGCUACGACCUUGACCAUUUUCACCGUUCUUUUGUUUGUGGUGCCGUCGCGUCCGGAAUUUUGGCACAUUUAUGACAAGGACGAGAGCAAGCGUCCAAUCAAAACAUCGCCCGGUUUGAUCACGUGGAAGUGGGCCAAUCAGAGGAUGCAUUGGAGUUUGAUUUUUGUGAUGGGCGGGGCUUUCGCCCUCGCUGAUGCGCUGGACAGGAAUGGAUAUAUCAAGUUUUGGGAUUAUGAUGCUCUGAGUUAUGAUAAGCAAAUUGUCGGGGUUUUGGUCACUGUGGUUGUGAUGACGCAGUUUAUGGCCAACGCCGAUUUGGUGAAGAUUUUUGUCCCGUUGAUGGUUUCGAUUGGGAAGAGGUUUAGUGAUGUUCCACAAAUGUAUUACAUGUUGCCGGUGGUUUGGUGUUGCAGUUUUGCGUUUGUUCUUCCUGUGGGAACGCCGCCUAAUGCGAUUGUUGGGGUUAUGGGGAAUAUCAAGACGGUUGAGUUUGUCAAAAUUGGAUUGGUUGUUUUAUUGGUGGCUAUUGUAAUGAUGUGUGCGAUUUUCUUUCUACUAGUGCACAGAAUUUGGUAAAGUGUUAGUCAAAUUCACAAAUAAAAAAUAAAAAAAAAUCGUGUUAAACUACAUACAGGGUGACCCACGGGUGCGUAAUCGGUCUAUAACUUUUUUAUUAUUUGAAAUAUUGUCAUGCCGUUUUUACUAUCCGAUAAAUCGACUUAAAGACAACAAACUAAAAAUAUUUUUAUUGGACACAGGGUGUUGUAUACAGGGUGGUGAACCAAAGUUAUAUUUUUUUAAAUGGAACACCCUAUAUAUUUUUGCGUGAUUGGAUUUUACGCAAAAAAAUAAUGUAACUUUAUAUAAACUAUAAUCUUUUUUCGUUUCGGAAUUGUUCAAAUUUUUGUUAUAAAAAUGACCAAUUUUUGAAAAAUCAGUGCGAAGUCGCCUAUGAAUAUUUUCCGGCAAAUUUGCAACAGAAAAAUUUAAAAUAUUUUGUAGUUUUAGGAAAUAGUCGAUUUUUACUUGAAAUACGCAGAUAAUGUACAGGGUAUGCCAAAACGCAAAAAAUUUAAUAACUCAUUUUUUUAUCAAAUGAAACACUGUGUAUUUUUUUACACGUAUUGAUAGCAUUUUUUAUAAGCUUUCUUAUAUGCAGUUUGUAUAGCAAAUUUACAAUAUUUCUUAAAAUAUUCAAAAAAAUAUUUUUUUUAUUUAUUUUAUUAAUAAUUCUUGAUGAGUGAAAUUCAUUUAUGUAUCAGGUAAUAAUUAGAUUACU